AUGUCCUUCGGCGGUUCUUUGUUGGGUGAUGAGGGUACCGUAGAUGCUGCCAGAGGAGCCAUCCCGUCCACAGCACCGCCCGGCCGCCACGGUUUGACACCUGCUCGCGCGCUGACCACGGCCGACCUAGUGGUGUCUAGACUCCCCGCUGCUGGCCGCUUCCUUGCCUCGAUCCGUCAAUCCUACGGUCCUACCCACUUUCACUCUUAUCUAAAUCACCUGACUGCGCUACCCAACCUCGGCUGGCGCGCCUCCGAACCCAACGCAACGCAACGCAACGCAACGCGCACAACGGGCGUGCACCUCAUCCUAGUCUGCCCAAAUGCUGUUCUGACUGUGUCCCGAUCCAAUUCAAACUGCUGCUGUCCUUGCAUGAGGAAAACGACCGAGUGUGACGUUACAGCCUCCGAGCUGACCAAGCGCGCUGCGACUCGUGACAGGCAGCCAGCCAGCCAGGCACACAGCCCGUCUGGACGCUGGGAGGAGGAGGGAAUGGCCGACUCCGGCGCAACCGCAACCGCAACCGCAACCGCAGGCACCAUGGCCACGCCCACGCCCACGCCUACGCACACCCACUCGCACUCGCACCCACCUUUUGAGCACGACGACGCCCUCCUACUCAACGAAUACGGCCUGCCCGAAUUGCGAGCCUCGCCCAGCGACCCCAUCGGCGCCAGUCCAGCCAACAUGGCUUCAGCGUUUCCCGACUUCGACAUGGCUUUCGCUCCAGCCUCGGCUUUUGGCGGCAGCUUCGAUGGUGUCCAGCCCAAGAGGGAGAACGAGUAUGCGAAUGCGCCAGGAAGUGUGGGCGGAAUGAGUGAGGGCAACAUGAGCGGUGUUGGUGGCAGUGUACACCCACACCGGAUGAGCAUCAGUGGCGGCAGUCCAAUGCAGAAUGGCCACAACACCAGCCCAGACGGCGCCCACGCACUCCGGUCGCUCUCCCUUGGCGAUGCGCUCGCCACCAAACUCCACGACAAUGACGGCAACCACUCGACCACGUCGAGGAGGAGCAAGGACGACUCGCAGGAUACCCCGCAAUGGAGCGAAAUGAAGACCAAGGCGGGCAAGGAGCGGAAGCGCCUCCCCCUCGCCUGCAUCGCCUGUCGAAGGAAGAAGAUUCGCUGCUCGGGCGAGAAGCCGGCGUGCAAGCACUGCCUGCGAAGUCGCAUUCCCUGCGUCUACAAGGUCACCACGAGGAAGGCGGCGCCGCGGACAGACUACAUGGCCAUGUUGGACAAGCGACUGAAGCGCAUGGAGGACCGUGUCAUCAAGCUGAUACCAAAGGAGAGCCUGCCGUCGGUCGCGAAUGUCGGGAGAUCCGUCGUCAAGCCUCCCCUUCCGGGGGCGCCACCCAAGACGCCGACGACGAGGAAACGCCCCGCCGAGGAGGCGUUUGGAAACGAGCUCGAGGAGUGGUCGAAGUCCAAAGCCUUGGAUCCUGAUGCAGCCGGUCGGGCGUCCCGCGGCAAGGAGUCGGAAGACAGCAAGUUGCUCACAGAAGGGGCGGAGAGCUUGCCGUCCAAGGAGAUGCAGGAACAUUUGGCCGAGGUCUACUUUGACUACGUCUACGGCCAAAGCUAUCCGCUGCUCCAUAAGCCGAGUUUUAUGAGGAAAUUGGCCGCGGGCAAAGUGCCUCCAGUCCUCAUCCUGGCCAUGUGUGGCAUUUCCGCACGCUUCUCCACACAUCCCCAGCUACGGUCCGAGCCAUGCUUUUUACGCGGAGACGACUGGGCAGCACGCGCACGCGAGAUUGCCCUCAAACGAUACGACACGCCCAACAUCACCAUUUUGAUUGUCUAUCUCCUCCUCGGCCUCCAUGAAUUCGGAACCUGCCAGGGUGGACGCAGCUGGAUGUUUGGCGGCAUGGCGCAGAGAAUGGCAUAUGCCUUGCAACUACACAAGGAAAACGAAUACGACCCGCUCGUCAGCGAUGCGGACAAGAAGCCACUGAGUGCGACAGACCGGGAGAUACGGCGGCGGACCAUGUGGUCAUGCUUCCUCAUGGACCGCUUCAAUUCCUCUGGCACAGAUCGCCCGCUCUUCGUGCAUGAGCAGUACAUUGAAGUACAAUUACCCAUCAAAGAACACCUCUACAUACACGACAUACAAGCGCCGACAGAAAACCUAGAAGGAAAAGUACCCAAUCCGGUCCCCCCGGAUGGUGGCCAACUAGCGGAUGCACGCGAGAACAUGGGUGUUUCGGCCUACACCAUUCGGCUGGUGUGUAUCUGGGGCAAGCUCAUCAAAUACAUGAAUCUGGGCGGCAAGGAGAGGGAGGCGGAGCCCAUGUGGUCGUCCGAGUCGACGUACCACAAGAUCAAGCAAGAGGCGAGAGAGUUCAAGGCCUCGUUGCCGGAGAUGCUCAUUUACACACCGGAGAACCUGAAGAGCCAUGCGAUUGGGAAGACUGCCAAUUCAUUUCUCUACUUGCACAUUUUGUGGCAGCAGACUAUGCUGUUCAUGCAUCGCUUUGCCUUGCCUUCGACAGCCGGGAGCAGACCACCAAAAGACAUGCCACACGAUUUCCUCACAGAGUCUGCGCGCGCGGCACUAGAUGCGGCGAAUCAGAUUUCCAUUUUGAUCAACGAGGCCAUGGACCACAAUGUGGUGGCCCCGUUUGCCGGCUACUCGGCCUUCUUCUCGUCCACAGUCCAUGUCCAUGGCUUGUUUUCAAAGAACCCGAAGCUCGAGGCGCAGUCGAAAAAGUACCUUGCGUACAACGUCAAGUAUCUGACCAAGAUGAAGAAGUACUGGGGCAUGUUUCACUACAUUGCCGAGAACCUAAAGGAGUUGUAUCGGCAGCACGCCGAUGCGCAGUUGAAGGGCCCGGUUGCGCCAAACGACAAGAAAAAGGGUAGCAUUUUCCAGUAUGGAGAUUGGUUUGACCGGUACCCACAUGGUGUCUCCAAGACAGACUACGAGGACGCGGCAGAAUCCAAUGCCAAUGAGCCGGGUACCGAUGCUGUACUGGGACAAAAGAGCGAUUUGCAGAGCGUCGAAGAAUUCUUCGCGUCCCUGUCACCGCCUUCCAAGACGGAUCAGGCGCGCAAACAAGCCAGGAAGAACAAGUCUAAAUCCCCCAAUCCCUUCACUCCUCCCUCCUCCUUCACCACCAACAACGGCAGCAGCAACAGCAACAGCAACAACAGCAAAACACCAUCAACAUGGCCUCGCGCGACGCAAUCGAAGCCGCCAUCGCCGCAGGCUACGACCCCUCCUCCCUCUACACCCACCCCCGCUCCCACACCCACACCCACACAUUGUCCUCACACUUCCGAUUGUUGA